AUGGUGCCCCGACGGGUCAAGACGCUCUUCCUCCUCGCGCUCAUGUUCCUCAUCAUGAUGCUCAUCUACUCCUCCCACGUCAAGCAGACCCAGCCCCGGGACACCCGGACGCUGCAAGACUUUUACAAGAAGACCAAGGACGCCCUGGACGGCAAGGGCCGCGCGGCGGCGCAGCCCGUCGUCGACUCGGCCUCGGGCAAGGCCAAGGGCCGCAUCCCCGUCGACAAGGACGCCGACGGCGACGUCGACGAGGACGACGCCAAGCUGGCCAAGGAGAUGGCCGGCCGCCUCAAGGCCGCCGAGCAGCAGGCCAAGGACCUGGCCAACGCCAAGUCGCCCAACAAGCCCGAUCCGCCGAGCAACGUCGUCGGCGUCGGGAGCGCCGCCGGCGGCCAGAAGAAGGGCCCCGGUGCUGCGGACGAGGAAGCGACGGACGAGGUCACGAUAGAGCUCAACUCUAUACUCAAGAAGUCACCCGUUGUCAUCUUCUCCAAGUCCUACUGCCCCUUCUCCAAAAAGGCCAAGGGGGUCCUGCUCGAAAAGUACUACAUCGACCCGCCCCCGUACGUCGUCGAGCUUGAUGAGCACCCCAACGGCGCCAAGCUGCAGGCCCGUCUGGGCGAGCUGACGGGCCGUACGACUGUGCCCAAUGUCAUGGUCACGGGCAAGUCGAUCGGCGGCGGCGACGACAUUGCCGAGCUCGAUAACCGCAAGACCCUCAUCGACAAGGUGAAGAGCCUGGCGGGCAAGCGAGUCACCAUGAAGGAGCGCUUUGUCGAGGACGCCGCGUCAUGA